UAAAUAUAUCGAUAUUAAAGACCAGCUCUAGAAACUGGCGGGAACUAAUUGCAUUGCAAUUUAUAUUUAUUUGAACACAGCAUAUCCAUCAAAAUGCAAAAGUCUAUAACCUCCUUCUUCAAGAAGAAAUCCGAUGCCACAGACAGCCCCUCGCCGCCAAAGAAAGUUCCCAAGAUCGAUGCGAAGACCGAACUCCCAGAUGAGCCCCACAUCAAGAGCGAGAGUGCCUCCCCGGAAACUAAGCCCAAGGUAGAACCUAUGUCUGUGGACUCCGAGGAGAAGACAAGUCCGGUGAAGAAUGUUAAGAAGGAGCCAAAGGAUACCGUGGACAAGACUACUGACAAGAAGGUCACAACCAUAGGUCUCAACUCCACCUCCGCUUCUAAGGAGGAUGCGGAAAACUACGAUCCAUCCGCCGACUCCUAUCAUCCGCUCAAGAAUGCCUACUGGAAGGACAAAAAGGUCACUCCCUACUUGGCACUGGCCCGCACAUUUCAAGUAAUCGAGGAGACCAAAGGCCGGCUCAAGAUGAUCGACACGCUGAGCAACUUCUUCUGCUCGGUGAUGCUGGUUAGUCCGGAGGAUCUGGUGCCCAGCGUCUACCUCAGCAUCAACCAACUGGCGCCGGCCUACGAGGGACUGGAGCUGGGCGUUGCCGAGACCACCUUAAUGAAGGCCAUUUGCAAGGCCACGGGUCGUAACUUGGCUCACAUUAAAUCACAGACGCAGCUAAUCGGGGAUCUGGGCAUCGUGGCCGAGCAGUCGCGCGUUUCGCAGCGCAUGAUGUUCCAGCCAGCGCCCCUGAAUGUGAGGGAUGUGUUCCGGAAGCUGCGCGAAAUAGCCAAGAUAUCCGGUCAGUCGAAAAUGGACCUGGUGUACAAUAUGUUUGUGGCCUGUCGAUUGUCGGAGGCUCGCUUCUUUAUCCGUUCUUUGAUUGGAAAGCUGAGAAUUGGCAUUGCAGAGCAGAGUUUGCUCACAGCGCUGGCCAUUGGGCUGGUGAAAAAGAACCACAUCGAUGACUGCAAGGCUAGCAAGGUGGCGGAAGUCUAUAAGGAUGAAAUAGCAGACACCACCUUGCUGCUGAAAACUGCAUACUGUCAGUGUCCCAACUACGACAUCAUUAUACCGGCCAUUCUAAAGUACGAUAUCAAGGAGCUGCAGGAACGCUGCCCCAUGCAUCCCGGCAUGCCGCUGAGGCCCAUGCUCGCACAGCCCACCAAGGGGGUCCAUGAGGUAUUUGAGAGAUUCGGCGGCAUGCAAAUCACCUGCGAGUGGAAAUACGAUGGAGAGCGAGCCCAAAUCCACCGCAACGAGAAGGGGGAGAUCAGCAUAUUCUCGCGCAACUCCGAGAACAACACGGCGAAGUAUCCGGAUUUGAUUGCCAGGAGCACUGGCCUGCUCAAGGGCGACGUAAAGUCCUACAUCAUAGACAGCGAAAUUGUGGCCUGGGAUGUCGAGCGCAAGCAGAUUCUGCCGUUCCAGGUGCUCAGCACGCGCAAGCGGAAGAACGUUGAUAUCGAGGAAAUCAAGGUCCAAGUCUGUGUCUACAUCUUCGAUCUGUUGUACAUCAAUGGCACCGCUCUGGUGACCAAAAACCUGUCGGAGCGUCGCAAACUCAUGUUGGAGCACUUCCAAGAGGUCGAGGGCGAGUGGAAGUUUGCCACUGCUCUGGACACCAAUGACAUUGACGAAGUGCAACAGUUUCUGGAGGAGUCUAUCAAAGGAAAUUGCGAGGGCCUCAUGGUCAAAACUUUGGAUGAGGAGGCCACAUAUGAAAUUGCCAAGAGAUCCCGCAACUGGCUGAAAUUGAAGAAGGACUACCUAUCCAAUGUAGGCGACUCACUCGAUUUGGUGGUCAUUGGCGGCUACAAAGGCAAGGGCCGGCGAACUGGAACCUACGGAGGAUUUUUGCUUGCCUGCUAUGACACCGAGAACGAGGAGUAUCAGAGCAUAUGCAAGAUUGGAACGGGCUUCACUGAUGAGGACCUGCAAACGCAUUCCGAGUUCUUGGGCAAGCAUGUGACCAGCGCCGCCAAAUCCUACUACAGAUACGACCCCAGCCUGGAGCCCGAUCACUGGUUUGAACCGGUCCAGGUGUGGGAAGUCAAAUGCGCCGAUCUGUCGCUCAGUCCGAUCCACCGAGCAGCCAUUGGCAUUGUGGACGGAGAGCGCGGCAUUUCCUUGAGAUUCCCUCGGUUCAUCCGGAUACGCGACGACAAGAACAGCGAAAACGCAACGGACGCCAAUCAGGUGGCCCACAUGUACCAGUCGCAGGAUCAGGUUAAAAAUAAUCAAAAGUCGAGCACACAGAUGGAGAUGGAGGACGAGUUCUACUGACCGGUCUGCUCCAUCCAUGUGUACACGAUUUAUUUAACAAUAAAGUCUGUUAUCGCUA